AUGCCGCAAUCGCCACCUCUCGAGAAUACUGGUGAACAGCAAGCUAUGGGUGCUACUGCUCCUGGCCAGGGAAUCAAAGGCGAGAUGGCUUCAGAUGCCGAACAAAGAAAGGGAUACUUUGGUGGCAUCGUAGAGCCUGGAGAAGCAACAAAGCAGCAAGCCGCUGGAGACAGCAUCAACCCUGCCGUAAAAGUGGCUCAGGACUCUGCCGACCGUGCCGCUGCCAAGUACCAAGAGGACAAGGAAAAGAGAUUCUAA